AUGGCUGCCGACUUGACUCCAAACGUGGUUACCUCGAUUGCAGGUUACCUCUCAGAGGAGUGGCGGCCCUCGGCGUCUGCAGGAGAUCGCCUUUCCCCCGGCAAGGGGGCGGCGAAGAAGGCGCCCCUUGUGGCUGCAGGACUGGGGGGUUUGGCUUUGGCGGCUGCAGCGCAGCGUCGCCGGCCGCGGAAGCCGUGCUGCUGCCCUCGUGGAGCUCUUGGGGCCGCAGGCCCCGCGCCCGGGAAGCGGUGCGGGGAGCUGGUGACGCUGUCUGGAGGUCUGGAGGCUUACGUGGUGGGCAGGGGAAACAAGCGAGCAGUGGUCGUCGCCUGCGACAUCUUCGGCAUUCACAUGGGCCGAAACAAGGAGAUCUGCGACUCCCUUGCAGAGGAGGGCUUUCUCGUCGUUUUGCCGGACUUCUUUAGGGGCGCGUACGAGGAUGUGGGCUCCGAUCCAGGUUUCUGGGAGAUGCUGCGUCAGGCACCAACGGUGCUCACGCCCCUGAAUACUCCCUGGGCGGAUGUGGAGCAAGACCUGGAGGUGAGCGUGCUCCCAUUCUUGGAGGAGCAAGGGUGUGCGGAGAACGCCGGCGUCCUUGGCUUCUGCUGGGGUGCCUGGGUGGUAGCUCAUGGCUGCGCACGCUUUGGCUUCCGCUGCGGUGCCAUGGCGCACCCCAGCAUACACAAUUUGACGCUGCGCUGGGGCGAAGACGAGGAGGCGCUCUUGUCCGGGAUCAACGUCCCCCAGCUGGUGCUGGCAAGCAAGGAUGAACCGGACACCUGGAAGCCCGGCGGCCGUGCGGAGAGGGUGCUGAAGUCUGAGACUAGCAUCUUCAAGGAGUUUCCUUCCAUGAGCCACGGCUUCGUCCCGCGUGGGGAUCUCAAGGACAGCCAGGUGGCCUCCGAUGUCGCAAGAGCGAUGGAGUACAUCAAAGGCUUCCUGUGCAAGCACCUGCCGCGGGAAGUGUCGCAGACCUGA